GCGCUGAGAGGUUAUUUGUGGUUCGCUUUGAUCCCGAGGGGGAACCUGAAACUCUCACAUUCCUGGCAUAGCAGCCGCCUCCAGCGCGGGCUGACCCAGGGGCUGCGCGCUGGGGCGCUAGCAGCCAGAACGUCGGCGACACUGGCGAGUGCGCACCUCAGUUGCCGAGCCUACCUACGCCAAACCCGGUCUGCGUGCGCCGGCAGCCGCGGGCCGCAGCGGUGCUCUAGGACCAGGUGCCUGCUGGCCAUUGUCUAGGCAGGUGUGUGCAAGCCAGAGAAGCAUGAGGACACUGGAAGACUCCUCAGGGACAGUCCUGCACCGCCUCAUCCAGGAGCAGCUGCGCUACGGCAACCUGACGGAGACUCGCACACUGCUGGCCAUCCAGCAACAGGCCCUGAGGGGUGGGGCUGGCGCUGGGGGCACAGGGAGCCCGCAGGCCUCCCUGGAGAUUGGACCUCCUGAGGAUAGUCAGGUGCUGCAGCAGGCCACCAGGCAGGAGCCCCAGGGCCAGGAGCAUCAAGGUGGAGAAACCCACCUGGCAGAGAACAGGCUCUACCGGCUGUGUCCACAGCCCAGCAAGGGAGAAGAGCUGCCCACCUAUGAGGAGGCCAAAGCUCACUCCCAGUACUACGCAGCGCAGCAGGCGGGACCCCGGCCCCAUGUUGGGGACCGAGAUCCUAGAGGAGCAUCGGGAGGCAGCCGACGCCAGGAUGAGGCUCUGCGGGAACUGAGGCAUGGCCAUGUACGCUCCUUGAGUGAACGACUUCUGCAGUUGUCCCUGGAAAGAAAUGGUGCUCGGGUCCCCAGCCACAUGAGCUCUUCACACAGCUUCCCUCAGCUGGCCCGGAGCCAGCAGGGUCCCCAACCCCGAGGACCGCCAGCUGAGGGCCCAGAGCCCCGUGGGCCCCCACCUCAGUACCCACACGCUGGACUGGCUCAUGAGACUGUGGCCGUCACUGACCCAAGAUACCGUCCUCGAAGCAGCCCACACUUCCAGCACGCGGAAGUCAGGAUCCUCCAGGCCCAGGUCCCGCCCGUGUUCCUCCAACAGCAGCAGUACCAGUACCUGCAGCAGCCCCAGGAGCACUCCCCACCCCUUCAUCCAGCUGCUCUAAGCCAUGGUCCCGCAAGCUCCUUCAGUCCACCUGCAGUGGAGGGACCAGCAAGUUCGCAGGCCACCUCGGGCGGUGCCCACCUGGCCCAGAUGGAGACUGUGCUGAGAGAGAAUGCCAGGCUGCAGAGAGACAAUGAGAGAUUGCAGAGGGAGCUGGAGAGCACUGUAGAGAAGGCCAGCCGCAUAGAGAAGCUGGAAAAUGAAAUUCAGCGGCUCUCUGAGGCCCAUGAGAGCCUGAUGAGGACCUCUUCCAAGCGUGAGGCCCUGGAGAAGACUAUGAGAAACAAGAUGGACAGUGAGAUGAGACGGUUGCAGGACUUCAACCGCGAUCUUAGACAGAGACUGGAAUCUGCAAACCGCCACCUGGCCAGCAAGACACAGGAGGCCCAGGCGGGCAGUCAGGACAUGGUAGCCAAGCUGCUUGCUCAGAGCUAUGAGCAGCAGCAGGAACAGGAGAAGCUGGAGCGUGAGAUGGCGCUGCUGCGUGGUGCCAUCGAGGACCAGCGGCGACGUGCUGAACUGCUGGAGCAGGCUCUGGGCAACGCACAAAGCCGUGCUGCCCGGGCUGAAGAGGAGCUACGCAAGAAGCAGGCCUACGUGGAGAAAGUGGAGCGGCUGCAGCAGGCACUGGGACAGUUGCAGGCUGCCUGUGAGAAACGGGAGCAGCUGGAGCUGCGUCUGCGCACGCGCCUGGAGCAGGAACUCAAAGCCCUUCGUGCCCAGCAGAGACAGGCAGGCACCCUCCCUGGUAGUGGUGGCAUCCAUGGUGGGUCUACUGAGCUCAGUGCCCUUCGACUGUCAGAACAACUGAGGGAGAAGGAGGAACAGAUCCUGGCUCUCGAGGCUGACAUGACCAAGUGGGAACAGAAGUACCUGGAGGAACGGGCCAUGAGGCAAUUUGCCAUGGAUGCCGCUGCCACUGCCGCUGCACAGCGGGAUUCCACUCUCAUCAGACACUCCCCCCAGCCCUCGCCCAGCAGCAGUUUCAAUGAGGGCCUGCUGGCAGGCAACCACAGGCACCAAGAGAUGGAGAGCAGGUUGAAGGUGCUCCAUGCCCAGAUCCUAGAGAAGGAUGCAGUGAUCAAGGUCCUUCAGCAGCGCUCCAGGAAAGACCCUGGCAAGGCUACCCAGGGCACCCUGCGGCCUGCCAAAUCGGUGCCAUCCAUCUUCGCAGCUGCAGUGGGGAUUCAGAGCUGGCAAGGGCUCUCAUCCAGUGAGCGGCAAACUGAUGCACCUGCCCGGCUGACAGUAGACCGUGUACCAGCAGAGGAGCCCCCAGCCACAGCUCCUCUCCCCACCCACACGAAACAUGGGAGCAGAGAUGGGAGCACCCAGACUGAUAGCCCUGCAGAUAGCACCUCUGCCUGCUUAGCCUCAGAACCCGAGAGCCUCCUAGGGUGUAGCAGUAGCCACAGGACACCCUCUCUGGACUCUGUAGCUGCAACCAGAGUCCAGGACCUGUCAGACAUGGUGGAGAUACUGAUCUGAAGGGAAGAGGUGGUGCCUUGGGGGAUCCUGACUCCUGGCCUCCCCCUGGCAUUCCAGCGGUCUUCAAGUGCUGAACCUCACUCACUCUCCCCAACCAUUGACGGUGCGAUGCAUGAAGCUCAGAGAGGAGCACUUCAAGGGACCUAGAAAAGUCUGCACCCCCAGAAGACUGUUUGGCCCAUAUUCCUCCCAUGCCCGUGAGGAAGAAAGAGCCAGGUUUCCCCUGCUGCCCAAGGUCUGUUGCUGGAGCAGAAAGGAGCUGAGCCCCCUCCGUCCUGCCCCUUUGUAUUCAGGCAUGAAGGGAAAGGGGAGUGGAUUCUGAUUCCCAAGGAUGGCUGGGCACUGAGCCGGUGGUCUGCUGGGAUAACAAGCCAGCCAUGGUGUUCUGUGGUCAAGCAUGGCCUCAGCCAACUCCAUCUGCUCUUCAAUCCCUCACUGCCUUCUUCAGAUCGCUAAGACUCGACUCUUUGGGGGGACUGAUAGGAAUGUGGGUCUUUGGGGAGCCACCAACAUACAUGCCUCUCGCUUGGAGUGGGAUAGAGGCCCUUUGAGAGGCGUGCAGAACAGUGUGUUUUGUAUAUAAUUCUCCUUCCUGGGAACAGAAGACUAAGCGUGUGGUUCAGAUUCUCCUUCCAAGGCUGUACUGCCUGCCCCUGCUGCCAUGGUUCUUGAGACAUCUGAUGGGUUCCUCCGCCUCCAGUUCUUGGCCAUGGAAUUUGAUAUUGGUUGCCUUUCCUCCAUUUUAAACCCCUGUGUUCCAUGCCCAUGGGACUCUUGUCACCAGCCUUUCUGAACAGCUCCACAGCUCCUGUCCCUGGGACACCCUGUCCGUUUGGUUAUAGACUGAGCCAGAUGCAAUGAGCCGCCACAUAUGGACAUCUGUCAUGCCCAGCCCCAGGUUCUCUUUGAAGAAACUGGAGAAGUUGUUGUUGUAAAUGUGUUCGUUCCCACCAGCAGGGACUGGGAGAGGAAGCUAUGCUCUUGAAAACUGAUCAGUGAGCUUAAAAGACAAAAGUCCUCACUGUGGUGCCCCAUCACAGAACGGCACCCACGAGGCUGGCUCCUCAAGUUUCUGGUGCCCCAGCCCUGAAGCAGGGCCAACUACUGGGAAUUGGGUGAAGACCCCACACGGCAGCCCGCCAGCAGCAGUGACUUUGACUUUGGUCUUAAAGUAACCCCCACUCGGCUCAAAAAGCGAUUGGUGGAUUUCAGAGCUUUUUGUGUGUUUUCUCCUUGAAUCUUUGGUUGUUUUGUUUGUUUUUCCUUCACUGUUUUCAAGUUCUGUUUGUUGUUUCAUUCCCAUGGUUCUCUGAGUUUCCUUUUUAAACAUUUGCAUUUGCUGGGCAAUUGCAUAUUUUUUUAAAUUUCCCUACCCCCAUGUAAAGCUGAAAAAUACAUCUGGUUCAUGUGCAUUGUUUACAGAGGUAAAAGUUAAAAAAAAAAAAAAAAAAAAAAGGAGGGAAAAAAGGCAAAAAAAUAUUGUGAAAGAAAAAAACAACUUAAUAUAUUUUGGAUUAAUAUUUGGUAUUUCUUUUAAAGUAUUUUUUUGUUGCUGUGAACGUUUUUUCUGCCAAAGACCAUGACGUGUGUCUGUGUGUUUAAGUUAUCAUGAAUAUUUAAAGUGUAAACAUGGCUGUUUUGUUACGGCACCCUGUACCAGGAUUGCUGCUGCAUUCCACUGGGUAUGACAGUAUUUUAAUAAAAAAAAACUUAUAAGGAGA